GUUUCUCGUCACAAAUAAUUAAAUUAUUGCUGAUUAUUAAAUUACCAUCUCCUUCCUUUCCUCCCUCCCUCCCAAUUCCAUCUCUCGCUCGCUCUCUUUCUUUCCUGGUUCCUCCUGAAUGUGACGACUCGGAGUCCCUCCUUCCUUGUCACUCUCGACUCCGGUGCCACUGCGGCGCCGGCAAUCCUGUCCUGGGUUCACUUCCAACCGGUCACUCUCCCUCAAAUGGGCUGCGUCACCUCCAAGCAGGCCGUCUCCGUCACCCCGGCGCUCGAUCAUUCCGGCCGGAUCUGGGUCGGCGACAAACCUGCGAAUCUCAAAGACAACAAUGCUGAUGUGGUAGCAGCUUGCGACUUGGGCGACUCCGGUCGUGCCAGCUCCAACGCGGACUCCCUCAGUUUUCGAUUGAGGAAUUUGCACAGCUACGUCCAAGGGGAGCAGGUCGCCGCCGGCUGGCCCGCCUGGCUCAGCGCCGUCGCCGGCGAAGCCAUUCACGGCUGGGUCCCUCUCAAGGCCGAUUCCUUCCAAAAAUUGGACAAGAUAGGCCAAGGUACAUAUAGCAGCGUGUUCCGAGCAAAGGAGCUUGAGACUGGGAGGAUUGUUGCUUUGAAGAAGGUCCGGUUUGACAAUUUCGAGCCCGAGAGUGUGAGGUUUAUGGCAAGGGAGAUUAUGAUCCUUCGCCGGCUUGAUCAUCCCAAUGUCAUGAAAUUGGAUGGAUUGAUUACUUCCCAUUUGUCCUGCAGCAUAUACCUAGUGUUUGAGUAUAUGGAGCAUGACAUUACUGGGCUGCUUUCUUGCCCGGAUGUCAGGUUUACCGAGUCACAGAAUAUGUUUAUGUGGUAUGUUUUUGUUUCUUUCCCCCCCUCCCCUCUGCAGAUCAAGUGCUACAUGAAACAGUUAUUGUCAGGAAUUGAGCAUUGCCAUUCCAAAGGUGUUAUGCAUAGGGAUAUUAAAGGUUCCAACCUUCUUGUAAACAACCAAGGGGUUCUGAAAGUUGCAGACUUUGGGCUGGCAAACUUCUGUACUUCUGGGAAUCGGCAACCUCUGACCAGUCGAGUGGUGACUUUGUGGUAUCGCCCUCCUGAACUCUUGCUUGGUUCAACAAAUUAUGGAUCAUCUGUGGAUCUUUGGAGUGUUGGCUGUGUAUUUGCUGAACUUCUCCUUGGCAAACCCAUUUUGCAAGGACGAACCGAGGUUGAACAGUUGCACAAAAUUUUCAAGCUGUGUGGGUCCCCACCUGAUGAGUAUUGGAAAAAGUCCAAGCUACCUCAUUCCACCUUGUUCAAACCGCAGCAACAUUAUGAAAGCUGCCUUCUCGAGACCUUUAAAGAUUUACACCCUAGUGCAGUGAGUCUCAUCGACACUCUACUGUCUGUGGAGCCAUACAAGCGUGGAACUGCCUCGUCUGCUCUUUCAUCCGAGUAUUUCACCACCAAGCCUCAUGCUUGCGAACCAGCUAGCCUGCCAAAAUACCCUCCUAACAAAGAAAUUGAUGCAAAGAACCGAGAGGAAGCUAGGAGGAAAAAGAUGAGUGGGAGAAAUCGUGGUUGUGAAAUGAGAAAGCCAGCAGCACGCAAACCUUGUCCAGUCAACAUACUGGGACCAACAGAGGACCAUCUGACAGCUCGAGGACACCAAUGUGGUCAAACCAUCAUCACUAGCAAUGGCUGCUCUCUUCCAAAUGGAAGACGAGAUACCACCAGGUCAAACAUGGAUGCAAGAAAACCUUCACUUGAGAAAUUGGAUGAGGUUUUCCAUGUCAAGAAUGCAUCCCAGGGAGACAUUCCCUUCUCUGGGCCUUUGCAAGUUUCCACUUCUAGUGGCUUUGCCUGGGCAAGAAGGCGAAAGGAUGAUGCCUCCCAACAUAGGUCCAUUAAAAAAGGCUGUAUCAGCAACGGAUUAGAUCCUUCAGCUGCUCCUAUUGGUGACAUGAAUAAUAACUUUGACUCAAAGCGACAUGAUUGUGGAGACCUUGAUAGCGGGGCGAGUAGCAGUUCUAGAGGGCGUGACUCGUACGAUAUGUCCAAGCGUUCGUUGCAGAAACAGUGGAGGGAAUUCGAACGCCCAGACUCCUUUGAUGCUUCUGAGGAUUACCAUUCUCAGGAACUGUCAUUGGGACUUUAUCAAAGAGAGGGACUGGAUGCCAGGAGAACUAAUUUGGGGUUGAAGCAUCAGGGAGACAAGGUUGAGUUUUCUGGACCGCUGUUAUCUCAGCCGUCUCAGAGAGUGGAUGAACUAUUGCAAAGGCACGAGCGCCACAUCCGGCAGGUGAUCCGCAAGUCAUUGUUUCAAAGAGGCAAGAAGCAUGGGAGGUGACACUGGGCUCAGAAAUCUUGAAGCAGGGGACAGUGCCGGAAGGAGCUGAACCCAAAGUUUGAAGAAUGCAGAACAUGCUCCUCAGAGAACUGGAAGAUAGAGAAGCUUGUGAUAUGGAAGUUGGGUUGCUAGCUGCAACAUUAGGGUGAAUGGGUGGGGUGGGAAAAAGGAAAAGAUUGCAAUUUGGCAUCUGCCCUCUUCUCUUUUUUACCUUUUCUAUUUGUAUACUGGGUAACCCUCGCAUAUUAGAUGGAAAAAGGAAAAGGUUAAAAAAGAAAAGGCUGAAAUCGAGUGUGUGAAGAAAGACAAGUAUAGGAAAGAGGAAAUGUCAUCAUCAGCCAGACAGGCAGACAGCCAACAUCAUUUCUCUCUUUGUGCGAUAUGAUCUUAUGAUGCCAAGCUCCAUAAAGCAUGAGAAUGAGAGGAUUAUCCUUUGGCCAU